UUCACAUCAAACAAACCAGGAGUAGUGAUGUGAUGUGAUUACCUCAGCAGUGGAAUACGCCUCCAAAAACAUCACUCACAGCUGCUCGUGUGGUUGCUAAAAACACUGCUCCAAUUGUUGCUGCCUGGUGCUGUCCACCGACCUAUCGAUCAUUUGGUUCUCCUUCCCCACAUUGCGGUCAGUUAACUAGUCAGAAGCCAAUAAGUAUUGCUGUGCGUAAUUGGUCCAAUUUUUAGCUUUGAUAACAGAACAGCGAGGUACCAUCGUUUGCGUAUCCUGACGCGCGUGUGUACCUACAUAACAAGUGUUCUACAUUUGAGUCAUUCAAUCUAGUCUGAAACGUACUCCCUCCAAAAUUGCGAUAAAGCGUUCACGAUGACCGAUUAUACGCAAACAGCAACCGUCACCCAAACAACCACAGUAACCCAGCCAUAUAUUCGGUACGAUCCGGAAUACGUGAAAACCAUUCCCGGGAUCAUCAAGAUCGUCUGCAUUGUUCUGAACCUGAUCGGAUUCAUCUGCAUCGAGGUAUCGUACUUCAGCUACCAUUCGCGGGGAUCCUUCUUCAAUACAGUGGCGAUGCUGGGUUUCUGGUUUACGGGCAUCAUGCUGGUGUUUUACAUAUUUCAUGUGUGCGAAAAGUUUCACAAGAUCCCGUGGUUAAAAAUAGAAAUGUAUUUCUGUGCGGCUUGGGUCUUUCUUUACAUGCUGGCCUCAUCCCUAGCCGCCGCGACCAACGUAGAGGCGUUCCAAGCGGCCGCGUUCUUCGGUUACUGUGCCAUGAUCGCGUAUGGAUACGACGCAUUCCUUAAAUACAAGGCUGUCAGGGCAGGUGAAAUCGCUCAGGGAUCUCGUUCCAUCGAAUCACAACAGCAGCAGCAGCAGCAGCAGAUCUCCACCGUCACUACUUAUUAAUCAGAUUAGGCGAAUGAACAUUUUAACUGAAACCACCUUCCACUCUCACUGCACGCGUCAUUGUUAGGGUUAAGUGACUAUUGUCUCCGCUUUGCAACGAUGAAUGUAACAUGUUUCAUAUUUAACGGUAAAAUCCGAACGAAUCAGGUAUGUUUGUUUCAAAAACAUAGCUGAUAGGAGACUAUAGUUCAUUUCGUUCACAGCUUUCAUUGUGAAUCGUUGUUUUGUACAGUGGAAUCUUCUUUUUUUAAAUUAACUUAUAACAUUUUCAAUGUUAUACGCCUUAAAUGUGGCCUUAAUGUGGCAUAUGAGCAGCACAGUCCUAGCACCAAUAACAUAUUGAAUCAUAGCUACUACUGAAUCUUUCAAAAGUAACACAAGAUAUCGUGAUGCUGUAGACAAAAAAUGUAUUUUAUAGAACAGAGGAUAUUAUUUGGAACUAAUGUAUUGUCACUGUGGUUCAGCUGAUGUAUUCUUGGAAUGUUGAACAUUAAACCUAAUAAAUUAUUUACACCGUUCAAAUGAAAGUGUCUUUAUCGGACCCGGUAAACUUC